UACAAAUGACAAGAUUCCUAACCUUACAGGCACUUAGUUAGCUAUUUUUGCACGUGUUACACAUGCAGAAGUGUAGCAUAUUAAAGGAAAAACCUAAACCAUCACAAACUUGAAUGCAGCAUAUGAGCUAAACGGGAGCUGAGGAAGAAACUAUAGCAGCGUGGAUAUGUCGGACCCGGCGGCGCAGGCCUUACAACCCCGGCUUCUUCAAGCCCAGUCUGCUGGGUCAGCGGGCUCCAGUACUACUACUACUGCAGGCUCAGGAUCAGGGAACAGUGACCCGGUCAGACCAGGGCUCAGCCAGCAACAACGUGCAAGCCAGAAAAAAGCACAAGUCCGAGCUUUCCCACGGGCGAAGAAGCUUGAAAAACUUGGCGUAUUCUCCGCAUGCAAGGCUAAUGACACAUGCAAGUGCAAUGGAUGGAAAAACCCAAACCCACCGUCGGCCACACGUAUUGAUCUGCAACAGCAAGCAGCCAGCCUAAGCGAGCCCUGCCGCAGCUGUGGACAUGCUCUGGCUAAUCAUGUGUCACAUCUGGAGAACGUGUCUGAAGAUGAGAUUAACAGGCUGUUGGGGAUGGUGGUUGAUGUGGAGAACCUUUUUAUGUCUGUACACAAAGAAGAAGACACUGACACCAAGCAGGUCUAUUUCUACCUUUUUAAGCUGCUGAGGAAAUGCAUCCUUCAGAUGAGCCAGCCAGUCGUAGAAGGAUCCCUCGGAAGUCCACCUUUUGAGAAGCCCAACAUUGAGCAGGGGGUUUUGAAUUUUGUCCAGUAUAAGUUCAGCCACCUUGCACCAAAGGAAAGACAGACAAUGUUUGAACUGUCAAAGAUGUUCCUUUUGUGCCUAAAUUACUGGAAGCUUGAGACCCCUACGCAGUAUCGUCAACGUACCCAGAAGGAUGAUGGGACAGCUUACAAAGUGGACUACACUAGGUGGUUGUGCUAUUGCCAUGUUCCGCAAAGUAAUGACAGCUUACCGCGCUAUGAAACCACUCAGGUGUUUGGGCGCAACUUGCUCAAGUCCAUUUUCACUGUCACCCGACGCCAACUCCUGGAGAAGUUUAGGGUGGAGAAGGAUAAACUGCUACCAGAGAAACGUACACUUAUCCUUACACAUUUCCCCAAGUUCUUGUCCAUGCUGGAGGAGGAAAUCUAUGGUGAGAAUUCACCCAUAUGGGAGGCUGAUUUCACCAUGCCGGCCUCCGAUGGCACACAGCUCGGACAUCAGACAGUGAUCAGUCCGGCUUCAGUGUCUGGCUCUCCUGCUCUGUCCAAGUGUCUGAACAGCAGCUCUUCUGUCAGCAGCAUGGAUACUGGUGGAGCAGAACCAAAGACAGGAGAAAAGCGCAAACUUCCCGAGACCUUGACCCUGGAGGAUGCCAAGCGGAUUCGUGUGAUGGGAGAUAUACCAAUGGAGCUGGUCAAUGAAGUCAUGAUGACAAUCACUGACCCUGCUGCUAUGCUCGGACCAGAGACUAAUCUGCUGACACCAAAUGCUGCCCGUGAUGAGACUGCAAGGCUGGAGGAGAGACGUGGUAUCAUAGAGUUUCAUGUCAUUGGAAACUCACUUUCCCAGAAAUCAAACAAGAAGAUCCUGAUGUGGCUGGUUGGCCUACAGAAUGUCUUUUCACAUCAGUUACCUCGUAUGCCCAAAGAGUACAUAACACGACUGGUGUUUGACCCGAAACACAAGACCCUAGCCCUUAUCAAAGAUGGCCGCGUCAUUGGAGGCAUCUGUUUUAGGAUGUUUCCCACUCAGGGCUUCACAGAGAUCGUCUUUUGUGCCGUCACAUCCAAUGAGCAAGUUAAGGGCUAUGGUACCCACCUGAUGAACCACCUUAAGGAGUACCACAUCAAACACAAUAUCCUCUAUUUCCUCACCUAUGCUGAUGAGUAUGCCAUUGGCUACUUCAAGAAGCAGGGCUUUUCCAAAGACAUCAAAGUGCCGAAGAGUCGAUACCUUGGAUACAUCAAAGACUACGAGGGAGCGACCCUCAUGGAGUGCGAACUGAACCCUAGAAUCCCUUAUACCGAGCUUUCUCAUAUCAUUAAAAGACAGAAGGAGAUUAUUAAGAAACUGAUUGAGAGGAAACAAAGCCAGAUCAGAAAGGUUUACCCGGGUCUCACCUGCUUCAAAGAGGGAGUACGACAGAUCCCAGUGGAGAGCAUUCCAGGCAUAAGAGAGACAGGCUGGAAACCCAGUAACAAGGACAAAGGGAAAGAGGUGAAGGAUCCUGAUGUGCUAUACAACAUGCUGAAGAACCUUCUCGCCCAGAUAAAGACUCAUCCUGAUGCUUGGCCCUUUAUGGAACCAGUGAAGAAAUCUGAAGCUCCGGAUUACUACGAAAUCAUCCGUUUUCCUAUUGACCUAAAGACUAUGACAGAAAGACUCAAGAACAGAUACUAUGUGACCAAGAAACUUUUUAUUGCCGACCUACAGCGAAUCAUCACCAACUGUCGCGAGUACAACCCCCCAGACAGCGAGUACUGCAAGUGUGCCAACACCUUAGAAAAAUUUUUCUACUUCAAAUUAAAAGACGGAGGUCUGAUUGAGAAAUGAAGCCUGCCUCAGAACUAUUUCGACUGACAAGGAGUUACUUUCACAGCGGCCAAACGCCGAGAUAGAGAAGAUUUUUAGCUAUUGUCAUAUCUUGGUUAAGAAAAGGUUAUUUUCAAGGGGAAAAAAAAGAAUUGCUGAAAAAUUGUUGGACUUGCAUCACAGCCAGUUGAAUACUACAAGUUUCAAAAUGUGAUCCAGUUAAACUUACCUGAUGACGUCUUCUUUCAGUACUCGCAGUGGGUGAAUUAUCUGCUAAUACGUGUUUCAAUGAGUGUACCAAAGUUACAGGUCCAAGUAAUAAUGCGACUUUCCACCAUUCUUUGUAGAGUGACAGAUUCAGCUUUGUUGCAUUUUACAGGAGCCAGUGUUUAAGUAGUAAAGAGUUCAUUAAAAAAACAACAAAAACUGGACCUUGGGACCUAAAGCCACGUUGCCUUCCAUUACUGAGACACUUGAGCAUCCCAGCCAUUUUCAUAGGAAUGAAUAUAAAAGCUCUAAGGGGCAAAGUGCUUAGAGCACUUGAAAAAUGGGAAGUACUUUGCUAAGUAGUACUGAAACAAUUGAAUUAGUCAUUUGUUUAAAAAAAAGAAGAAAAAAAAAGAGUAAAAUUGUUACUCUCACGUGAAGUGCAAAUUCUGAAUGUUUGCAAGUGAGGACUUUUUUUUUUUUUUUUUUGCUUUCUCUUUUAAUAUUUACCAUCUAUUGAUUUUGAUUUUUUUUUUCCUAAAUGUUUGACUGUUGGUCAUGAUAAAAGAAAAUUGUCAUUUGGAUAAAUGACUAAUUAUGAGAACAGCACUGCAGAUGAAAAUAACUGCUGGUUGCAGCUCUACUGUUAAGACAAAUUGAGGCACUCCGUGAUGGACUGGGCAUAAAAUACUUCCAGCACUUGUGUGAUGAAGAAAAUAAGUAAGUCAAAAGUUACCUUAAUAGAAAAGUUUUCAUGCUAAUAUAAUACUUAUUUAUACAUAAAAUAUAAAACAUAAUGUUUAUGCAGCAUUCCAAACGAUUUUGAUGAGGUCACAGUUAGUAUAGCUUCUUUUGCAGGUGUUUACUGUACGUGUUUGAACUGAUUUGUCCUGUAGGACUGUCACCUCCACAUAGGGAGUGCUUUGUGUGUAGCCUCACUUUUGUGGUGGUUCCAUGUUUACUGGUUAGUUUUUGUUGCAAACACAAAAAACAGGGGAGGCAGAUUUUAAUCAGCAGUCCUGUAUAGAUUAUGACUUGGAAAGAGAACAUGACUUGGUUUAUUUUAUCACACUGUUCGCAAGCUGUGGAAGGUGUUAAUGCAUGGCUACAGUUUACAAUGUGCAUUAAAAAAACAAAACAAAACCUUCAGGCACAGUUGCAGGGUUUAAGUGUUUUUUUUUUUGUUUUGUUUUUU